AUAUUUACAAGAAUUAAUACAAUUAUUUAAAAAAAAGAAAAAGAAGAUGAUCAUUCGGAUAUGUUUUAAGUUUUCCGCCAUUGAGGAAUUGAACACAACGAAAUAAAAAUUUCAUUGUUCAUAAAAUGUUGGUUAGAAAAUAUUGGUAGCAGUCACAUUGAUUUCCUCAUACGAGGUUGAAAUCUUGAUAUCAUUAAUUCGUUCAAGAUGGCACUUGACAGUGCUUCACAGAAGUACCCAGGUAUUACUUCACCAAUAAGCCUGGAAGGUCCAAAACCUGUUGAUCUGAAACUCUCAGCAAAACUUGAGGAAACAAUGAGGCCUUUUGGGGUAUUUGAGAGCGAAGAGGAAUUAGCGCAUAGAAUGGAAGUUCUCAAUAAAGUAAACAUGCUUGUGAAAGAAUGGAUCAGAGAUGUCAGUCGGAGAAAGAACAAUAUUCCAGAAAAUAGAAUUGAUUCAUUUGGUGGCAAGGUGUGUACAUUUGGAUCAUACAGACUAGGAGUACAUAAAAAAGGUGCUGAUAUAGAUACAUUGUGUGUAGCACCCAGACAUGUGGAUAGAUCAGAUUUCUUCUCAUCUUUUGUGGAACUUCUUAAAGAACAGCCAGAGGUGAAAGAUCUCAGGGCUGUUGAAGAAGCAUAUGUACCAGUAAUAAAGAUGACAUUUGACGGAAUAGAGCUUGAUAUGUUGUUUUCACGGCUAGCACUGCCAACUAUACCAGAGGAUAUUGAUCUCAGAGAUGAAGCCUUGUUAAAAAACUUGGACCAAAAAUGUGUGAGAAGUCUUAAUGGAUGCAGAGUGACAGACGAAAUUCUGCAUCUUGUACCAAAUGUUGAAAGCUUUAGAAUGACCCUUCGUGCAAUCAAAUUGUGGGCCAAAAAGCGUGGAAUAUAUUCCAAUUCACUGGGAUUUCUUGGAGGUGUAUCUUGGGCAAUGUUGGUAGCACGUGUAUGUCAACUAUACCCUAAUGCUGACCCCUCUACCUUAGUACAAAAAUUCUUUAUGGUUUAUUCAAAAUGGCCUUGGCCACAACCAGUCUUGUUAAAACAGUUACAGGCAGAAAACAGACUCAAUUUAACAGUUUGGGAUCCAAGGAUUAAUCCCUCAGAUCGUUUCCAUCUCAUGCCAAUAAUCACACCAGCAUAUCCAUGUCAGAACUCCACAUUUAACGUCACAAAUUCCACCAGACAGAUCAUGAUGGAUGAAUUCAAAGAAGGUUUAGACAUUACCAAUGAAAUAUUUAAACACAAUGAGGACGGAGACUGGAGUAAAUUGUUUGAACCGUCAAAUUUCUUUCAAAAAUACAAACAUUACAUAGUAUUAACAUGUUCAGCUGAAGAGGAAAACAAUUACUUAGAAUGGCAGGGGUAUCUGGAAUCAAAGAUUCGACUGUUAGUUGGAAAUUUGGAGAGAAAUCCUUUCAUACGGUUAGCUCAUGUAACACCAGAAUCAUUUGGUCCACUAGAUGAAAGUGAUGCAGGGUAUAUGUGUAAAUGGUUUAUUGGUUUGGCCUUCAAUAAAGUGGAAAAUGCAAAUGUUGAUCUCACAUUUGAUAUUCAAAGUUUCACACAUAUUGUAUAUAAACAGGCAAUUCAUAUAAAGUUGUAUAAAGAAGAUAUGAGUGUAGAAAUCAAACAUGUCAGAAGAAAACAACUGGACCAAUUUGUACCUGCAGAGGUUCUCACAAGGGGUUGUAAAAAGAUUAUGAAACGGCCGGAGGUCCGGCAGAGUACUGGGAACUUGCAGAAAUUGGCAGCAUCUCCAGAAUCAGUUAAAACAUUGUCUCAUAGUAAGUCAGAUACUGAGUUGCUACAUACCAGUGAUAGGGACACAAACAGUGAGCAGAACAGUGACAAGAAAGAUGAUAACACAGAGGAGAAAUGCACAAAGUCAGAUAUGAAUGGUGAAACUGAAGAAAAGGACCAAAGGAAAACUCCAGAUCUGAUAGUGAUAGAGGAUGAGCCAGAGCAGAAAACUCCUGUACAAAACAAUGUUGCCCUCAAAAAACCUAUGCAGGAAACUGUGGGAUCACCGAUGCAUGUAGACAGUGGUAUGAACAGUCCUGUAUACAAGAAGAGAGAGGGUUCACCACCUGGGUUUAACACCCCAGUGAAACGCUCAAAAUCUACUGAAGAUUCUCAGGGAAGCUGUUCACCGAUGCAUACAGACCCAGGUCUACACAGUCCUACAUUGAAGAAAGACAUAUCCAUCUCUAAAACUGUAGAUGAAUUUAAAGAACCAAUGCAAAUAGAGGAAAAGUCCAUACCAGUUAUUUUAUCAGGGGGUAAAGCCAUAGAAAAAGUGGCAAGAGGACGUCGGCUACCUAGCAAGGAAGUACCAGAUCUGUUAAGUCCACUGGCCCAGAAUUCUGCAACCACACCACCUACAGCAGCGACAGUACCCAAACACACAAUUAAAAUGGUACUUAAGAGAUGACUGUUAAAAUGUGUUCAUCUUAUUAACUGAUCUUGUUUUUGCUUGAUUUGUUAUCUGCGUCAAAAGUCACAAUUGCAAUAAUAAUUUUCAUUCUUUCCAUUGCCUUAUUACAAAUUGUUUGUACAGUAAUUACACAUAUGACAAGCUGUAUUACACUGGCCAAUAUCUCAAAGUUCCAUUAGGUAAAGUCUGUUUUCAUGGACUUAAGAUUCUUUUUUUUUUAUGAAAAACACUUCUUCAUGCUAAAUACGUCCUACAGUCUAUAAAGAAUGUGUGAACUGCAUUCAAGCUAACUGAAGCAAAGCAUGAGAAAAUGAUAGUUAGCAUCUCGAAACAACCAUCUAUCACCUAGUUUCACUUCUCAAGAUUUUCAGUGUGCAAGGUAUUCUUAGUUGUCCACUCUUAAAAUGACCACCUGUAAUAACAUGUUAUUAUUCCUGGUUACCUGGUGGUAUUAAAGGUGCCUAGUGUAUUUAUUGCUCCAGUAAGCUGUCUGCAGUCCCAUCUCCAUCAGCUAUGUUUGGUGUUGUACAUACCAAGUAGCACCAUUGUGUUAUGCAAGUGGAAAUUAUUGUAUCUUGUUCUUUACUUAUAUGCAGUUACAAUAGUUUCAUGCUUAGCCCUCAAAUUGUUAUGUUGUUGAAAUUGGAGGAAAGGUCACCUUUAGGAAAUUUGUUAUGGUAUAAUAGCAAAGUGUUUUUCAAAGCCAAUGGUAAAAUGUGUUUAAGAACUUGCUGAAUACUUUUAAUUUUGGUUACUGCCUUUUUUGUUGGUUUUUUAUACUUAAGUCAAGAUUAGUGCAUUUCUUAUCUGACUAUACACAGUGGAGUAUGUUUAUUAUGAAGUUAGGGCAAUGUGAGAAGUCUCUGUUUAUAAAUGCUGAACUUAAUUAAAUGAAACUGGUAGCUUUUACAUCUUAUACAUUACAUAAUCUAUAUUUAACAGCUGUCUGGCUAUCCAGGUAGUACAUAAUGUGCAGGAAGUAAUUUAGCACAAUAACUCUCAUAGCCUGUAAUAAUAGGAAUAAUUUACUAUACUUAAUGCUUGCAGCUGUCUUUAACUGUGGGAAUUGUGGGCAGAACACUUCAGUGUAAUCAUUGAGCUGACUAGGAUUGAAGUCGGAAUCCUAAGCCCUUUUUUCACAUUAAUUAUUGUACAUAUAUUUUAUCUAAAGUUUCAUUUGUAAAUACCAGCAGUCAUUUUUCAUGUGUAUAUACACAUACAGAAUACCUCAUAUCCUGAUUGUAUAUGUUUGCUUGUAUAUACUAUUUUUUAUUCCUCGAGAAACAUCUUAUAUUAGUGCUUGUUUUGUCGUGUCGGGGUGGGAAGGAUUUCUAUUUUUCUAUUAAAGAUAAUUUUGACAGCUUAAUUUGUUUCAAAACUUAGAUAUGAGUUCAUAAGCAAUGUGAAGUUAUCUGUUAUAACAACUAUUUGAAGUGGUCUUUGAAUACAAUAAUGAGAAUAAUUGUUUAUUAUUGACCUUAAUUAAAGAAUUCAUUUAUAGUCGUCCCAUUCCAAUUGUUGCAGGUCUGUGUUGAAAUAAUUUUCAAGUUGUUCAUAUACACAUUCUGCAGUUAACUUCAUUGAAAAUGUAUUUGAGCUUUUAUCACAGACUUCAAAAUUUGACAACUGAUUGUGCAGUAUUUCACAAAGAAAGAUUUGGGUUUUAAAUUGCCCGAGACAAGCUUACACAGACCUCGAGUAGGAACCUGCUCCUCUUAAAUGUAAGGUCUGGAAAGGGUGUCUGUGCUGAAGGGUUCCAGCAGAGUUACACAGAGUAGGAAAUGUUUGUCAUCUUGUUUGAAGGAACAUUUUGUAAGUACUGGGAAUAGACUUUGUUUUAAAGGUCCAUUACUAAGGGAAAGUGAGUUGGCAAUUUUUUUCAUAGCCAGUGCAUAGACUUCUGCAAGACACUAAAUAAUGAAGAUUGACAGGUCAAAAUUUACAGAAGGUCUUUGGAACUCAAAGAAAUGUAUGUGUAUUAUGUUGAAAAUUCAAUGAAUCGACAGAAUGACCCCCCAGGUCUUUUUAACUUUCUUCAGACUUCAUAGAAAAAUAAUUGUACAUAUACUGCGAUUUAUUUCGAAUUUCUACAUACCUACUUUCAUUUUCCAAUAAAAUGAAAUAGUUUCUGUGCUUUUUAAAAGAAAUUAAAAUGUUCACUUUCCUUAGUAUUGGACCUUUAAGUGUAUUUGUCUCUUAACAUUUUAAUGUAAUUAGGACAUUGCCAAAAUACAGAGCUUUCAAUUUUAGUAACAGUACACUAGAAGGUAAUGACUUAAGACUCAUAAACUGUAAACUUUUUAUACAAUGUAAGGUAUUUUCUGAGUUUUUGUCAUGUAAGUACAUACUAAUGCCUUUAAACUGUCAUUUUACAAGUCAUCUAGUUUCAGUCAUAAAGAGCUUCUGGUAUUUUUCAUCUGUUUUAGCUAUUUAGAUAUUGUACUGUACAUAGACAUUUAUGUAUAUAGUGUAAAUACCAAGUUUCAGGAAUUACAGGAUCAUAAGUAAUACAUGCAUUGAUUGUAAAUCAUUCUUAACUGUUUGGUAUUGAUUACCUGGUCAUUUUUGUUAUGUCUCCAAAAUUUUGGGGUUGGGAGAGGCACUUAGAGUUGCCCUUGUCGAUCCAUUUGAAAAAAGUAUUUUUGGCCCAGGGUCAUCAAACCUCACAGGAUUGUCAUUCAGUACAAGAAUCUGUGCCCCUGAUAUUUAAUUGGGAUUGACUCAGUCACACCAGAGUUGUUGUCUUUGACUUUGUGAAAAAUACUAGGGAUGGGAACGAAUACUGAAAUCAAUAUUCGAAUAUUGGUUUGCCAUAUUCGAAUAUUCGGUUUGUUUUAAUGGAAGCUUUGAAUUCUUAUUAAGUGAUUGCCAUAUACUUGUUUAAAAACGUGAAUCAUCAUAGUAAUAAGGCCUAAAAAAAUGUUUGUUUCGGGUAACCCGACCCUAGCGUUUUAUAUCACAAUUCUGUCAGUAUAAUCAUGAACAUAUUUAAUUAAUUCAGUGUUUUAGCUUCAAAAUGAUACAAAAAAAAGUCAAAUCGGUUAUAAUUUAGACCGUCGCAACUUGAACUAAAAAUAGCAGGUCGUCUAAUUUAAGCACGUGUCGCGCUGUUGUAUUACCGCCGCCAUUUUGAAAAUUUUCAAUCGGCGUGUAAAAAGCCGAUAAACUUAACAAAUACAGACUUAAACCUCCUUCAGCAUGAUCUUAUGCAUCAAUCAUAUGUUACAUCUUGAUUUUAUUAUAAACUACUUCAAAAUUUAUUUCGAAUACGGCCGAUUGCGGAUGAAAACUUAUUCUGCGGACAGUCUGAAAUGUUGUACAAAAUAUUGUAGAAAGAUCGACAAUAUCUACAUUUGGUAUUGAUUUCAAAAAAAAAAAUAAAUGUAAAAUUUGUUACAUAAAACAGGCGUCAAUAAAAAUGAACAAAUGUAAAAAGGCAUCACAUUUACGCCUGUGGCAAACUGUUAAUCCGUAACGAUGACCCCUGCUAAUUAUGCAUUGCAAUUUUCUUGUUUUUUUUUUUGACAUGCAUCUGACACAUUUACGCCUGUUGCACACUGUUAAUCCGUAAAUGUGACCCCUGCCAAUUAUACAUUGCUGUUUUCUUGUUAACUGGACAUCUUUUGAUACGCGGUAAACAAACACGACAGAACAAACGGAUUUAUUCUGCAGAAUUAGCAUGUUUAUAUUGCCCAAAAUCAACGAUACUUACUUUGAAAAAAAAAAACUAUACAAUAAUUUUCGAAUAUUCUAAUUUGAUUUUCAUAUUUGAAUAUUGGACCGAUUUUCGAAUAUUCGUUCCCAUCCCUAAAAAAUACACAUAAAGAGCUUGAAAUUUUGUGUUGCAUAUAUCUUAAAAAUAUUUGACCUAGAGGCAUGAAGCCAUGUAGGAAUAUUACUCAGCAUGUGAACGCGUGCACCUAAGUUUUGUUUUGGAUUUCACUAUGCAAAACAAUAGUUGUGGCCUAUGACUUGGUGGAAAUAUGCAUUAAGGGCAUAAAAGUUUGUAUCCCAUACAUCUCAAAAAAUAUUUUGACUUAAGAGUCAUAAAACAUUAGAGGAUUGUUAUAUAGCAUGUGAAGUUGUGCACCUGGUGUUCUGUUUGGGAUUUCACUCAGCCAGGCCAGAGUUAUGGUCCUUGACUUAGAGAAAAAUACACAUAAACUGCUUAAAACUUCGUGUUGUAUAUAUCUUAAAAAAAUAUUUCACCUGAAACCAUGUACAGUGAUGGGAAGUGCGGGACACUAGUGUCCUAUGGACACAGAUAUAGUUUUCUGUUAAAUAUCACUUGUUCUGUUAAAAAACAAAAGAAUUUAACUGGAUAAAAGACAUUGACUGCCUUACUUCCAGCCUAAAGGGAUAUUCAAGCAUUUUUAGCUCACCUGUCACAUAGUGACAGGGUGAGCUUUUGUGAUCGCCCUUCAUCCGUCAUCCGUCCACAAUUUCUUUAGAACACGAUAGAGACCACAUUAUGCAAGUAAUUUUUAUCAAACUUAUACAAAACUUGUAUUGGCAUGAUAUCUCGAUUCCUUACGAAAACUGGCCAGACCCCAUCAUGGGUUCUAGAGUUAUUGCCCCUUAAAGGGCACACAACUUGUAUCACCAUAAGAUCUUGGUUCCUUUCUUGAACUGGCCAGAUCCCAUUAUGGGUUCCAGACUUAUGGCCCCUGAAAGGGCCAAAAUUAGCUAUUUUGACCUUGUCUGCACAAUAGCAGCUUUAUUUAUGAUUUGAUUUUUACCAAACUUGCACACAACUUGUAAGAAAUAGCCAGAUUCUUUUUUGGGUUUCAGAGUUAUGGUCCCUGAAAGGGCCAUAAUUAGCUAUUUUGACCUUGUCUGCACAAUAGCAGCUUCAUUUAUGAUUUGAUUUUAACCAAACUCGCAUGGUUUUCAAAAUAAUUUUACACAAAUGUUUCUUGUGUGACCCUCUGCCAAAUUCCUUCAAAUAAUUUUGAUUCAUUGAAAAAGUGGCCACCUUGGGGAGGGGCUCAUUUUCCCAUAUGGCUAUACAGAAAACUUCUUGUAUGAAACUAUUGGCCUGAUUUGAAAAUAAUUUUAUUUGAAGUAACUUUUAAGAAAAUUUCAACUAUAUUUCCUCAUAAUUCUUUUGAUUGAUCUUGAUUAUGAUUUUUUGACCUUCUUGUCCUAAAGUGCAAUGAUAACAGGUGAGUGAUAUAGGGCCAUUAUGGCCCUCUUGUUAAUGAAAUAUGGACUGAUUGAUGCUUUUUUUACCCAGUUCUGGUUUAGCAUUUGAUGAGUAUAAAUGUUGCUAUCUUGACAAGUCAUGAAAUAUGUUACACAUUAUCCAAUCAAAAUUAUCACUCUUAAAAUUAAAUUAUUUAACUUGUCCAAGGUAAAAUUAAAAAGGAGUAAUACAUUCUUGUAAUACAUUUUGCAUACAAAUGUACGAGUAGCAAAAAAUACGAAAAUGUGAUCAUGCAUUUCUACAGUUUAAAUUAUUUGUUUUUGUUACAGUUAAAAUAAUUUGUUUAUCUUAACUUUAUCUGUCAUUAGAAUAUGAAUACCGGUAUCCCAAUUUUUAGCUCACCUGUCACAAAGUGACAAGGUGAGCUUUUGUGAUCGCGCGUCGUCCGUUGUGCGUACAUGCGUCCGUGCGUCCGUAAACUUUUGCUUGUGACCACUCUAGAGGUCACAUUUUUCAUGGGAUCUUUAUGAAAGUUGGUCAGAAUGUUCCCCUUGAUGAUAUCUAGGUCAAGUUCGAAACUGGGUCACGUGCCUUCAAAAACUAGGUCAGUAGGUCUAAAAAUAGAAAAACCUUGUGACCUCUCUAGAGGCCAUAUUUUUCAUGGGAUCUGUAUGAAAGUUGGUCUGAAUGUUCAUCUUGAUGAUAUCUAGGUCAAGUUCGAAACUGGGUCACAUGCCUUCAAAAACUAGGUCAGUAGGUCUUAAAAUAGAAAAACCUUGUGACCUUUCUAGAGGCCAUAUAUUUCACAAGAUCUUCAUGAAAAUUGGUCAGAACGUUCACCUUGAUGAUAUCUAGGUCAAGUUCGAAACUGGGUCACGUGCCUCAAAAACUAGGUCAGUAGGUCAAGUAAUAGAAAAACCUUGUGACCUCUCUAAAGGCCAUAUUUUUCAUGGGAUCUGUAUGAAAGUUGGUCUGAAUGUUCAUCUUGAUGAUAUCUAGGUCAAUUUCGAAACUGGGUCACGUGCGGUCAAAAACUAGGUCAGUAGGUCUAAAAAUAGAAAAACCUUGUGACCUCUUUUGAGGCCAUAUAUUUUAUGAAAUCUUCAUGAAAAUUUGUCAGACUGUUCACCUUGAUGAUAUCUAAGUCAAGUUCGAAAGUGGGUCAUGUGCCAUCAAAAAUUAGGUCAGUAGUCAAAUAAUAGAAAAACCUUUUGACCUCUCUAGUGGCCAUAUUUUCCAUGGGAUCUGUAUGAAAGUUGGUGUGAAUGUUCAUCUUGAUGAUAUCUAGGUCAAGUUCGAAACUGGGUCACGUGUGGUCAAAAACUAGGUCAGUAGGUCUAAAAAUAGAAAAACCUUGUGACCUCUCUAAAGGCCAUAUUUUUCAAUGGGUCUUCAUGAAAGUUGGUCAGAAUGUUCAUCUUGAUGAUAUCUAGGUCAAGUUUGACACAGGGUCAUGUGCAGUCUAAAACUAGGUCAGUAGGUCUAAAAAUAGAAAAACCUUGUGACCUCUCUAGAGGCCAUACUUGUGAAUGGAACUCCAUAAAAAUUGGUCAGAAUGUUCACCUUGAUGAUAUCUAGGUCAUUAUCGAAAGUGGGUCACGUGCCGUCAAAAAGUAGGUCAGUAGGUCAAAUAAUGAAAAAACGUUGUGACCUCUCUAGAGGCCAUAUUUUUCAUGGGAUCUGUAUGAAAGUUGGUCUUAAUGGUCAUCUUGAUGAUAUCUAGGUCAAGUUUGAAACUGGGUCAACUGCGAUCAAAAACUAGGUCAGUAGGUCUUGAAAUAGAAAAACCUUGUGACCUCUCUAGAGGCCAUACCCUUGAAUGGAUCUUCAUGAAAAUUGGUCAGAAUGUUCACCUUGAUGAUAUCUAGGUCAAGAUUGAAACUGGGUCACGUGCCUUAAAAAACUAGGUCAAUAGGUCAAAUAAUAGAAAAACCUUGUGACCUCUCUAGAGACCAUAUUUUUCAAUGGAUCUUCAUGAAAAUUGGUCAGAAUUUUUAUCUUGAUAAUACCUAGGUCAAGUUCAAAACUGGGUCACAUGAGUUCGAAAACUAGGUCACUAUGUCAAAUAAUAGAAAAAACGACGUCAUACUCAAAACUGGAUCAUGUGGGAAGAGGUGAGCGAUUCAGGACCAUCAUGGUCCUCUUGUUUUCAUUAUCUGACCUGAAUAUCCCUUUAAAGAAUAUUGUAAGUUGUUUCUGUUAGAGAGAGGAGGGCAAGGAAUAGUUGUUUUAAUGGGGCAGUGAUUAUCACAAAUGAUGACAUUUCUAACAGAUACUCUGAUUUAGCGCUUUUUCCUCAUUUCCAUUUUUAGCUCGACUAUACGAAGUAUAAGGAGAGCUAUCCUACUCACCCCGGCGUCGGCGUCUUUCCGCGUCCCCACCUUGGUUAAAGUUUUGGUGCACUUUUUCUUUUUUCAACUUAUCUCUGUAAUUACUUGAUGGAUUUGAUUCAAACUUGAAAUACUUAUUCCUCAUCAUCAUCCACAUCACCUGACAUAAGGGCCAUAACUCUGGCACCAAUAUUUCAUGAAUUAUCCCCCCUAUUUCACUUAGAAUUUCAGGUUAAAGUUUUGAUGCACUUUCACUCUAUCUCUAUUAUUACUGAAUGGAUUUGAUUCAAACUUGAAAUAGUUGUUCAACAUCAUCACCCACAUCAUAUGACACAAGGUGCUUAACUCUGGCACCAUAUUUUCAUGAAUUAUUCCCCCUUUUUACUUAGAAUUUCAGGUUAAAGUUUUGGUGCACUUUCACUCUACCUCUGUUAUUACUGAAUGGAUUUGAUAAAAACUUGAAAUAGAGCAUCAUCACCCACAUUAUAUGACACAAGAUGCAUAACUCUGGCACAAUUUUUCAUGAAUUAUUCCCCUUUCUACUUAGAAUUUCAGGUUAAAGUUUUAUGCACUUUCACUCUAUUUCUGUUAUUACUGAAUGGAUCUGAUUCAAACUUAAACAAUUGUUCAACAUCAUUACCCUUAUCAUAUUACACAAGGUGCAUAACUCUGGGACCAAUUUUUCAUGAAUUAUUUCCCCUUUUUACUUAGAAUUUUAGGUUAAAGUUUUGAUGCACUUUCACUCUGUCUCUGUUAUUACUGAAUGGAUUUGAUUCAAACUUAAAAUAGUUGUUCAACAUCAUCACCCACACCAUAUGAUGCAAGGUGCAUAACUCUGGCACCCAUUUUACAUUAAUUAUUCCCCCUUUUUACUUAGAAUUUUAGGUUAAAGUUUUGAUGCACUUUCACUCUGUCUCUGUUAUUACUGAAUGGAUUUGAUUCAAACUUAAAAUAGUUGUUCAGCAUCAUCACCCACACUAUAUGACACAAGCUGCAUAACUAUGGCACCAAUAUUUAAUGAAUUAUGCCCCUUUUUGCUUAGGAUAUACUUAUAUAGUGUUUUGAUACAUUUUAUCUUUACCUCUCUUAUUACUUUAAGUUGAUAUUUUUGACAUAGGCUCAGGCUAUUGUGCAAUAUCUUCAUCCACAAUUGGAGUAAUUAAACACUUCAGUGACAGCUCUUGUUUCCUCAGAUGUGCCCAGUUUCACUAUCCAGCAUCGAAAUAGUCGAGCGCGCUGUCUCCAGUGACAGCUCUUGUUUCUUUAAUUAGAAAAAAGUUGUAAUCUUUAUUCAGAGUAAUUUCAUUGUAUUGUGUUCAACUGUAUCUUUUUAAAAUGAGAAAAAAAUGUUAACUAAACAUAGAGGAGUAUAUUAUUUGCUGCCACUUGAAGUUUUUUUGUUUUAGUAUUUCUUAGAAAACAGGAUAUGGAUGAACAAGUAACAGUUUUGUCUGACAUGUGUUUAAAGUUGCUUCUUUCUGUACUACACACAAAGUGUAUGUCAUCUUUGGAGUCUACACAUAAAGUGUAUGUCAUCUUUGGAGUCAGUCUACACAUAAAGUGUACGUCAUCUUUGGAGUCUACACAUAAAGUGUAUGUCAUCUUUUGAGACUACACAUAUAGUGUAUGUCAUCUUUUGAGACUACACAUAAAGUGUAUGUCAUCUUUUGAGACUACACAUAUAGAGUAUGUCAUCUUUCGAGACUACACAUAUAGUGUAUGUCAUCUUUGGAGUCUACACAUAAAGAGUAUGUCAUCUUUUGAGACUACACAUAUAGUGUAUAUCAUCUUUCUAGACUACACAUACCAGGGGAGAACAACUCUCCUGUGUAUAUUUGCAUAUUUAAUAACAUUUUCCCCUCUCAAUGUAACUUGAUAGUAAAAUACAUAAAAAGGUAAGUUGAAAAAUUUAAAAGAGAAUAACAAAUUUUUUAGUCAACAUUUCAGUAUAUUAAUUUACUUAUUUCUUUGUUUCUUGCUUGUUAAAUGUACUUGUAUAUUACUUUGAAGUUCUUCAUUUGCAACAUUGUGUAAACUUUUUAACUUUUAUAAUCUUUGUAAAAUAUUUCAAGAUUUUAGGGUUAAAAAGAAAAUUUAAUUGUAACAAUGGAUAAAAGUGUAUAUAAGUACUGUGUUGUGUUGACAGGGUUGAUCAACAAGUGUAUUAUGUUCUUCUUAUGUUUGUAAUAUAAUGAAACUGUUAUUAUAUUUUAAAAAACAAAAUAAAAUGUGAAAAUCUGUUA